AUGGCCGCCGCGCAGCGCUACCGCACCCGACUGUUUGUGGCGGCGCCGGACGACGGUGAAGGAGGCUACCUCCUCUUCAGCCUCGACCUCAACUGUCUCUUCUCCUCCCAGGAGAAACCGCAACCCCAGCCCGACGUCGACUGCCUGCCGCCGCCGCUGCUCAGCCUGCCCGACCCCGUCGCCUGCUUUAGGAGAAUCCACUCCAAUGAGUAUAUGGUGUUCUCGGACUCUCCGUGCGGCGACCUCAUUGCCGGCAUCGGCGCCAACGGACGGACCCUGCUCUACGACGGCGCCGCCUUCACCCGCGGCCCCGACAUGAUCUCCCCUAAGCGUUUCGUGUUCUUCCUAGUCCCCGUGCGCUGCCGCAUGUUCUUCGCCAUCACCGCCUACCCCGAAUACGACUCGGGACCCCGGUUCGAGGCUCUCCAGCAGCAGCCGAGCCCUGGCGACGGCAGCCGCUGGGCCUGGAGCGCCGUCCCGGACCCGCCGGGCCUCGCCUGCCGCCCGGCGGAAGUCAAGGCCUACUUUGUGUCGGGUGCGCGCGUCUGGGUCUCCGUGCGGUACCAGGGCACCUACUCCUAUCACACGGCGCGCCGCCGGUGGCGCGCGGAGGGUGCCUGGGAGCUGCCCAUCUACCGGAGGGGCGUGCUAGUUUCGGACUUCCUCGGCACCGGCCGGCGGCUGCUCUUCGGCUUCCGUGCUUUAGAUAAGUAUGACAAUGAGAAUCCCUUCUGCGCCGUCGACAUGGACGCCAGUCCGCCAACGGUCGUCGCGACCUGGCCGGAAGCAUGUCCUGCUAAGCAGCUGUGGCGCGCUGGAUAUGGAACAUGCGGGCAAAUGGGCCAGGUCGGGUACUAUGAGGUGGUAGGUUUUGCCUCUGGGUAACCAAUCACGACAACACCAAGAAGCAGCGACGCAGCAUUCUCAGUUUCAUGGCUGUUCAGCUCUCCCGGGAGCUGCUCCUGCUGGAGCGCCAACUCGGCGACUACAUGCUACCCCUAAGCUCACGCCAUUUUGGUUCUGAUGUAAUAAUGUAGCCAACUCAGAACAGACUAGGCAAGUAGGCAAAGAUACCCUGCUCGGGCGACCGGUGGUGUGGGGCUCCAAUUCUACUCAAUUUUUUUUCCACCAUAGCGGAAUGGAUCAAGCUUUGGCAUAGAUUCUUGUUGUCUUCUUGGGUGGCGAGGCUAGGCUUUCUCGCCGUCCGAGCGGACAGCCAGAUUUGUGUGAGACACUUUAGAUCAUUUCAAGGUUUGAUGGUGACGGUUGCAACUCUGGACAUUUUGGUACUUAGAGUGCCUAUCCUCCUGGGUCUCAACUGUAAUAAUAUAGUCAACUCACAUUUUGCCCAUCAACCCUCAAAAAGGUGAUUCAUCAAUUGUUUUCCCUCGUGGUCUAUCCUACUGGGUCCCCAUCUCAUCCCU